UGAAAAAGUUAGUCCAAAUCCACCAAAAACAAUCGGCGAGAAAAAGGGGGAAUCAGUUUCUUGCAAGUUUCAACAAGGACGAUCAGAAGAAAUCUUAGAGAAAUCGGAAAAUUCUCUUACUCGGGUUUUGCAUCGGUGAAUAUGAAUUGCGAAGUUUGUCAGCUAAAGGAACUGGAAGUGGAAUCCUUCGAGAUACGCGAAGUUUUGCGCUGCAUUCUACAUACGAUUGUCUUUCAUCGUGCGCUUGGUCUUAUCCGCCCUAAAGAUAUUGAUUUGGAGCUUUUUGAGAUCACUUAUGUACAAUGCGGUGAAAUUGAAGUGGAGAAGAAAAUCGAUGAAAAGAUUGAGCAGUUCAUUAACUGGAUUGAGAAACACCCAAACAAAAAGAGUCAGAUUUGUCUAUCGUUCUAUGAAGUCAAAAGCAAACAGCCUUCUUGGUUCACCAAAAUCGAACGGUUGUACUGGGAACAAUGGUACAUCAAUCUGAAUGUGCUUCAGCCCACUAAGCCCCCUGUCGGAAAGUCUCACCAUUCUAAACUAGUUAUGGACCCUGGAGGUUCGAUUGAUCAAUUUCCUGUUCUCAUCUCCAAAAAUUACAUCUUUUUAUUAUUAUAAGAGUGUGAAGUGAUUGUCAUGCUCUAAUCAAUAACUGUAGAGGCAUCGGAGGAGAGAAGUUCUCGUAGGACACUGCUUGAGCAAUCCCUUCAAGAAGUCUUGUUCCAAAUCAUAAAAUUCGUGAAUGAGAAGAAGGAUCAUGUUCCUCCCAUUAACGAUGGUGUAAUCUACUACCCUUUUGAGAUCACUAUCCCAAGCUCAUCGGACUCUGCCUUUGGGAUGGAUAUGUUCAAGAGGAUACUACACAGUGGCCAUCCAUCAAUGCUCGGCUAAAUUCCAUUUUCCACUUAACUUAGUACAUAUACACUUUGAUGUUUCUUGGUGCAGCCUAACUCCAAUCAACACUUUCCUAGUUACAUUUUCUGUGUAAAUAUAUUAUAUGUUACCCUCUCCUCGUCGAUGGAUAAUGUUACCUUAUCUAUGCUUUGUUGUAUAUAAGUGAUGUGUUGUAUAUAAAUUUCAGACUUGCAUUUCCU